CAGUGCAGUGAGGAAAAAAAUGAAUUCAGGAAAUUAUAGAAAGUUGAUCAUGAGGUAAAGGGUAUCUUGUUUGAAACAUUUGGAUGUAAAUAAAAGUAAGACGGUUUUCACUGCCGGUAUACAGCUCCGGGAGGAACAGCAAAUUUGCAGCUAGAACUUAAAACAAAAUUUCACCAUGGAAACCGUUCCUUCUUCAGAUAAAAUGGAAUUUGACAUUCUUUUUACUUGGUUUUCUUUUACGAACGCUUUUAAAUAUCCAGAAGACAUAAUCUGCCGUUAUUUAAACUGUAUAAUUCUUCCUGAAUAAAUUAUUGAUGACUUGGUUGAAUAAAUACCCACUCGGUUUAAGGAAUGUCCGAGAGUACUUGAUAUGAUAUCAGUCUAAAGUUUCUCGGAGAAAACGCUAUUAAAUCUAUGCAAAAAUGUGGAAUAUGAUGUGUGAUGUGAUGCCUACUAUUGCCGAGGACAGCCUCGGUCAAAGAGGCGGUCAGUUUGCAGCUGACGAAGCUAAUUUUGAACAGCUCAUGGUAAAUAUAUUGGAUGAGCGGGAUAAGCUUUUGGAAACUCUGAGGGAUACUCAAGAAAAUCUAGCCAACAUGCAUAUCAAAGUAAAUGACCUUAGUAAAGAAAAAGAUUCUUUGCAAAGGCAGCUACAAGCCAAUUUACCACAGGAGUUCGCUGCUCUAACCAAAGAACUCAAUCAGUCCCGUGAGUUGCUGCUAGAGAAAGAGGAGGAAAUCCAAGAGCUCAAAGCUGAACGGAACAAUACCCGACUUCUUUUGGAACAUCUCGAGUGCCUGGUGUCUCGUCACGAACGGUCCCUGAGGAUGACUGUGGUGAAAAGGCAAGCUCAGUCACCCGCCGGUGUCUCAUCUGAAGUCGAGGUUCUCAAAGCUCUCAAGUCCUUGUUCGAGCACCACAAGGCGCUCGACGAAAAGGUUCGAGAAAAACUUCGAGUUGCUAUCGAGAGAGUGGUCGCUCUUGAAGAAAUAGUCAGCCAACAAAAUGAAGAACUAAAUCGUUACAGAUCUCUUGGUUUCCUCAAAGCCCAUGACAGUAUGCAGUUGAAAGGUGAUAAUGGAGCUGACAAUGCUAAGAUUGCCAACGGAAAUAUCGAUGCAGGUGUCGAAGCAUCGAAAGUCAUCGAAUUGCAGGAUCUAGUCGAAAAACAAGCCAACGAGAUUGCUGCCGGGCGAAACAAAUUGCUCGAUUUUAGCGGUAAAAUGAGAGAGCUGGAAGAGACUAUGACAGCUGCACAAAAAGAAGUCGCACAUCUGCAACAAGAGAAUAGUAUGCUGUCAAGAGACUUACGAGAGAAUAAUGCACAAAAGGAAGACCAAGAAGAAAGAAUUACAACAUUAGAGAAGAGAUACUUAAACGCGCAAAGGGAAUCAACCACGCUACACGAUCUCAAUGCAAAAUUAGAACAAGAGCUUGCAAAUAAGGAAGCACAUUUAAAACUCAGUGAAGAAAAAAUUAAAGCAUUACAAGAAAGAUUAGAAUUAGCUGAACAGAAACUUGCACAAUUUAGCAACAGAUCGGAAUCUCCCAACGAUGUAAAUGACGAGGCCAAAAAUAAGCUUGAUGCUCUCAGUCAGAUUCAUGAAAGACAAGGAAGUGUAGAAGAGAGACUUCUUCGGUUAGAGCAACAACUAGAGGAAAAGAGCAUAGAGCUAGCUAGGGCACGUCAAAGGGAGAAAAUGAAUGAAGAGCACAACCAGAGACUCGCAGCUACUGUUGAUAAACUUCUGGCCGAGUCCAACGAUCGAUUACAAAUGCAUUUGAAAGAAAAAAUGCACUCAUUGGAGGAGAAAAACAACCUUGCUCAAAAUUUAGACAGAACACAAAAGUUGCUGGAGGAGACACAAUCGGAAAAGGACAAAAUAAUUGCUGAUUUAGGUAAAAUGAGAAGCGAAAUGGAUUCUUUGAGACAUGAGUUUCAUAAUUACAAGAGUGAUUCAUUGUCAAGGCGAAGUAAUAAUCAACCUAGUUUAUCUCCAUCAUGGGUCAGCUAUACAACUGCAAGUGGAUCAAUAUCUCCUAAUCGCAGUUUGAUGAAUUCAGAGCCUGUUUCCACUCCUGUUUACACCUCAACUUCCCCAUCACCAUCUGGUUCCCAAAAGAGUCAAAGGUCUCAUGGAAUGAGUAGUGUUAAAGAAAAUAGCUGGGAAAAAGCUGAACAAGCCCAUGGCAUUUCGAGUGUACAGCAGGGGUUCGAUAUAAGUGAUAAUGAAUGCAGUCAAGAGGAAGAAGGAAAUAUAUUUGAAACGAUGGAUAUACUGUCUCCUUCAGGCCACACUGACGCACAAGCCCUUGCUCUCAUGUUGCAAGAGCAAUUAGAUGCCAUUAAUAAUGAAAUAAGAUUAAUACAAGAGGAGAAGCAAAGUACAGAACAACGAGCUGAAGAAUUGGAAUCUCGAGUUGGCAGUAUGGAUUCUAUGGGUCUUCUUGCCCGUGCAGUUCCGACAGAAAGACCUUCACCUCCACAGAGUGGUCGUUCAACUCCUAAAUCUCAUUUAAGUCCUAACAGAGAUUAUUUGCAGAAGUACCAUACUGCUCCCGCAUCAAUGACCCCAGCUCAUAUGUAUCAAUAUGCCUCUACUAGCCAGCCUCAACUGGCCGAUUCUAUGCUACCACAGAUCCAGGCUGUAGCUGAAACUAUUGAUGAUAGCCAACUCUCUCGCCAGUCCAGCCCUCCCACUCCACGCUCACUCAGAUUAGAAAGGAUAGCUCAAACAUUACCUCACAACCCCGAUGAAUACAGAAGUGCUCUUCACAGUGCACAAUCUCAGCCAACAUCAUCAUCCAUAUCUUCUUCUACAGUUCCUCCUGAUUUACUCAGUAAUACAUCUCCAUUCAGACCAACAGUGGAAAGCAGCCUACUGAAUGCUACGUCACCUAUUAGUUCAAUUAAUUCAUCUCAGGAUUCACUUCAUAAAGCAGCUGCAAAGAAAAAAGGUUUCAAGUCAUCUUUAGGAAGGUUUUUUAGCAAAAAAGAGAAGGUUAAAUCUAAAGAAGCUUUAAAUAAAGAACUUAUGUCACAAAGUGCAGGUUUUGUAGAUAGUGAAGUAUCGACACCGUCUGAGCCAACUCCUCCUUCAGGUAGCGUUGUUCAAAAAGCAGAAUUUUGUCGAAGAGCCAACAAAAACUUCCAUUCAUCUCAUGUAAGGCACGAGCUUUUAGCUGAAUCCAUGAAAGCAGGCACACCAUUUGCCUUGUGGAAUGGUCCCACGAUUGUUGCUUGGCUAGAACUGUGGGUUGGUAUGCCGGCAUGGUAUGUUGCCGCUUGUAGAGCCAAUGUGAAAAGUGGUGCUAUCAUGUCUGCUCUGUCAGAUACAGAGAUCCAACGAGAGAUAGGAAUCAGCAAUCCCCUUCAUCGCCUGAAAUUAAGACUCGCCAUUCAGGAAAUGGUUGCCCUGACAAGCCCAUCUGCACCUAAACCUUCUAGAACUAGUUUAGCAUUUGGAGAAAUGAACCAUGAGUGGAUGGGUAAUGAAUGGUUGCCAGCUUUAGGUCUUCCACAAUACCGAUCUACAUUUAUGGAAUGUUUAGUAGAUGCUAGAAUGUUAGACCACCUGACGAAAAAAGAUCUUCGAAUCCAUCUUAAAAUGGUUGACAACUUUCACAGAACCAGUUUACAAUAUGGUAUCAGCUGCUUGAAGAGAGUUAAUUAUGAUAGAAAAGCAUUAGAAGAAAGGAGGAAAAGCAGUGAGAAUGAAAUUAAAGAUGUCUUAGUUUGGUCCAAUGACAGAGUCAUAAAAUGGGUUGACAGCUUAGGAUUAAAAGAAUUCUCCAAUAAUCUUAUUGAAUCUGGUGUUCAUGGUGCUUUCAUUGCUUUGGAUGAAACUUUUGAUCACAAUGCAAUGGCUUUAGCUUUACAAAUACCUACAACAAAUACACAGGCUAGGCAGUUAUUAGAACAAGAAUUCAACAACCUAUUGCUAAAAGGAACUGAUCGAAGACCUGAUGAGGCUCAUAAGCAUGCUGUUCAUACUGUAGAAACCCAUCAUAAUGUUCAAGGUGAUCGACUUGUCUGAUCCACCCAUGGAUUUAAAAGAAAACUGUUGUGACUAAUUUCUUGAAUAUAAAUUAAAGAGGCAUGUAGAAUAAUUCAUGUAUGUACAGAAAAGUUGUUGAACUCACCCUGUAAGAUAGAAGCACAUUUGUACAAAUAUCUUUUUUAGUUCUCCUUUUUAAAAUGAAAACUUUAAACUUCGAAUUGUAGCAUAAAGAAUCUUAUUUAAAAAACAAACGUUUUCUUUAAAUAGUAUUUAUUUUCUGUGAUUAUUUUUUCCUAGUAGUAAACUUUUUUUCUCUCUGCCUUAGAUUUUAUUAUGCAAAACCUAAAUGAAAUAUGAAUGUAGAUAAUUAACUCUAGGAAUUACAGCGAUUGUACAUUUUAAAAAGCAAUAAAUGCAUCUACAUUGUCAAUGUCAAGUAUAUAUUUUUCAGUGCCGUUUUUCAGAUUUACUUAAUAAUUAAUGGCUAUGCGUUCAAAAGCAUUAGAGCCAAAAUUGAUGAUACUUAUUAUAGAUUAAUCUUUUUGUUUUUACUAAUCUAACUAUUUCUUACAAAUUCUCUAUAUAAUAAAUAAAAAAAAGCAGGAAAUUCCUUUUUCUUCCUUUCAAAUAGACUAAAUAUGGAAUAACUCAAGAUGUCAUCAUUCAUUCAAAACAAAUGUAUGUCUUCUUUUUUUUUAUUUCAUGAAUUAUAAAAAAUUUUAAUAUUAUUUUGCAAUUUCUUCAGUAUGCAGUGAAGCAUUUAUAUAGCAGACUUUAAAAUUCCUAGGAGAAAAUUCCAUAUAUAAUGAUUUACAGAAAUGCAUAUUGCAAAAUUUUAAUCAUUUUCUUACUAAAAAACUGCCAUGUACAAUUGUUUUUUAGGUCUAAAACAGACUUAAAAGAACUAAAGUAUCGUUGAAACUUAUUUUUAAAAAUAUACAAAUAGCCAGUUUUUAAAAGCUUUCAUACUUGUCAAAAUUCCAUAUUUCUUGCCAUGUCUUUAUUUUUAAUGAAUUCUUCUACAUCUUUUAUUAAGUUGAUUUUCUUUUCACAUUUCAAGACUAUAAAAAAUAAAAAUUAAAUCUGGCUGUAAAAUAAAAAUAUUUUUUCAAGUCAAGAAAGGAAACAACAGUAAAUAGAAAAUGACUCGCCAGCGAGUAUUUUUUGAUUCUUUGUAAACGACUUUUGGUCUUCCGAAAAUUUAUAUUACAUUAAGAAUCAGUAAAAGAACUUUAACUUUUCCUAUUUAAUUUAUAUCUUUCUUUAUAAAUGAAAUGAUUGAUAUUUUUUAUUGUGGUAAGAAUGCAUAGUAUUUUAUUCAAAAAAUUUUGCUCGAUGUAUAAAUUUUAUUUUCGCUAUAUAUGUAUAUAUAUUGUUUUCUCUUGAAAAUCCAAGAUUCUUGAUAAAAAGUUUGAUAUAUAAAG